AUACCAAGACACCCGAUGCUUGCAGCAAAGAACCAUGUUUAUGAUGAGAGGUGGAUUGAGAAGCAGGAGCGGGGAUUCACAUGGUGGAUCAACUACAUCCUCACCCCAGAUGACUUUAAAGUAAACACUGAAGUCACUAAAGUGAACGCUGUAUCCCUUGCCAUGGAGCGACAGCAAGUCAGUGUACCCAAAGCUCCCACCAAAGAGGAGAUGUCCUUCAGCACCUACACAGCCAAACGGAAACUGAACCGCCUCCGUCGCUCUGCCUGCCAGCUCUUCACAUCUGAGGCCAUGGUCAAGGCCAUCCAGAGGCUGGAGCUGGAGGUGGAGGCUAAGAGGCUGCUGGUCCGGAAAGAUCGACAUCUCUGGAAGGACAUAGGUGAACGUCAGAAGGUGCUCAACUGGCUUCUGUCUUACAAUCCCCUGUGGUUACGGAUUGGGCUUGAGACGAUCUAUGGGGAGUUGAUCUCGCUGGAGAGCAACAGUGACGGCUUGGGCCUGGCCAUGUUCAUACUGCAGCGACUGCUGUGGAAUCCAGACAUCGCUGCAGAGUUCAGGCACCCCAAAGUGCCUCACCUUUACAAAUCAGGCCACGAGGAGGCGCUGUCUCGCUACACACUGAAGAAGCUCCUCCUGCUGGUGUGUUUCCUGGACAAGGCCAAAGAGUCCCGGCUGAUUGAGCACGACCCCUGUCUAUUUUGCAUGGAUGCAGAAUUCAAGACAAGUAAAGACCUGCUCCUGGCCUUCUCCAGGGACUUUCUGAGCGGAGAGGGGAUCCUCCCUCGACACCUCGGGUACCUGGGAUUACCCGUGUCGCAUGCUCAGACGCCGCUGGAUGAAUUCAACUUUGCUGUGAAUAAUUUGGCAGUGGACUUGAGAUGCGGAAUUCGUCUAGUGCGUGUGAUGGAGCUCUUCAGCCAGGACUGGAACUUGUCGCGGAGGCUCCGCAUGCCCGCCAUCAGCCGCCUGCAGAAGGUCCACAACGUCGACAUCGCCCUGCAAGUGCUCAAAACCAAAGGGGUCGACCUCAAAGACGAACAUGGCUCUGUCAUUGAAGCCAGAGAUAUUGUGGAUGGACACAGAGAGAAAACACUGAGCCUGCUGUGGAAAAUCAUCUUCGCUUUUCAGGUGGAGGUCAUUCUGAAUGAGGAAGAGCUGAGGGAGGAGAUAGGUUUCCUGAAGAGAACCUUGAGGACCAAACAGAGCCUGGCAGCUCUGAGGGCUGAUCGGGGCCUUCGGCAGAACGCUGCCAAACCCAGCUGUGCUCCGUAUGAACACAGCAGCACCAAGAUCACCCUGCUGAUGGACUGGGUCAACGCCGUCUGCGACUUCUAUAACCUGAGGGCAGAGAACUUCACAGUGUCGUUCUCAGACGGCCGCAUCCUCUGCUACCUGAUCCACCACUACCAUCCCAGCCACCUGCCGGAGGAAGCCGUCAGUCACUGCACCACUCAGACUGUUGAGUGCUCCCAAAGAGGCCGGCUGGAGCUCACCUGCUCAGCCAGCGACUCCGACGACUCUUUUGACUCCACACUGGAAGCCCAAAAUGGUCCUGAAUCCCCCUCUGUGAAAUUCAAAGAGCUCCUGGAGAAUGAGAAGAACAACUUCAGACUGGUCAACUCUGCCGUGGCCUUCCUAGGGGGAGUGCCUGCCAUGAUCACCCCCUCUGACAUGUCCAACACCAUCCCCAGUGAGAAGGUGGUGAUGUCCUACCUGUCCUUCCUUUGUUCUCGUCUCCUGGACUUGCGUAAUGAGACAAGAGCAGCCCGGGUCAUACAGGGCGCCUGGAGGAAGUACAGGCUGAAGAAAGACUAUCAGCUCUAUCAGGAACGGAAUUUGGCUGCAGCAAAAAUCAGUGCUUGUGAGGAGUUUUCUCCAGAGGCGAAGGCUAAGAGGCAGAACUGUGCGGCCGUUAUCAUCCAGUCAGUCUGGAGGGGUUACGCCGCCCGCAACCUGAGGCUAAAGAGAGAAGCGGCUCUCCGGGCUCUGCAACAUAAUGCAGCAACCGUCAUCCAGGCUCAUUGGAGGAUGUACUCUGCUAUGAGGGCCUACCACCGCCUCAGAUACCAUGCCAUUGUUGUCCAAGCGCAGUGGCGGAUGAGGAGGGCAGCCUCUGCCUAUGGAAGAAUCCACUGGGCUGUCACAGUGAUACAGAAGUACUUACGAGCGUGGGCUCUUGGGAGAAGAGAACGCGAACAAUAUCUUUCACUGAGAACUGCAGUGGUGAAAAUACAGAGAGCUUACCGAAGAUGGAAAUGCCAGAAAACAGAAAAGGAGAAUUGUGCUGCCAAAGUGAUACAAGCUGUGUUUCAGAAAUGGCACAAGAAAAGACUGGCCCAGAAGACUGCUGCUGCCCUAAAGAUUCAGUCUUGGUACAGAAUGCACAUGUGUCACUGUCAGUACAGAAAGAUGAAGAGAAGUGCUGCUCUCAUUCAGGCUCAAUACAGAGGCCAUGUACAGAGGCGCUGCUUUCAAGUGAUGAGGCUACAGCACCAUUCUGCUAUUGUCAUCCAGAGUGCCUUCAGAGGGCAUGCCGUCAGAAAACAGGUGGCGAAGAUGAAAUGUGCUUCAGUCAUAAUCCAGCGCUGGUUCAGGGCCUCUGUGAAAAGAGACAUGGAGAGACAAAAGUUUGUGCAGAUGAAGUCUGCAGCCAUUACAAUCCAGGCAGCAUACCGUGGUCACACAGCUCGAGAGUUACUGAAGAAACAGCACAAGGCAGCGACUGUGAUCCAGACAGUGUUCAGGAAGCAUGCUGCCAACAGGCACUACCUGGCCUUGAAAACAGCUACAAUUAUCAUACAACACAAAUAUAGAGCCAAGAUUUUGGCUCAGAAGGCAAAAAGAGAAUACAAUGCACUCAGACAUUCUGCAGUCACUAUACAAGCUAUGUGGAGAGGGAGAGCUGACAGGAAGAGACUAGAGAAACUACACCAAUGUGCCACACUCAUACAGGCCCACUACCGCCGCCACACAGCUCAAACAGAAUACAGGUCAAGAAAAGCGGCGGCUGUGGUGAUACAGCAUCACUUCAGAGCUUAUAAGGCUGGAAAAAUGAUGAGGACAGCAUACCUCCAGGAAAAAGCAGCUGCUAUCACUCUCCAAGCUUGCUUCCGAGGCUUGAGAGUUCGGAAGGAGCUGAAGAGGAAGAACCAGUCAGCGACUGUCAUUCAGUCUGCAAUCAGGAUGUUUUUAUGCAGAAAGCAGUAUUUGCUCCUCCAGAGUGCCACAAUUAUCAUUCAAAGCCGGUACAGAGCUGUCAUGGAGGCCAAGGCACAGCAGUGUCAGUACAGAGACCUACGGCAGGCCACCAUAAAAAUACAAGCUGCCUACCGAGGCUUCAGAGUAAGAGACGACCUAAAGAAGAGGAACAGUGCUGCCACAGUAAUCCAGGCUCUGUUUAGAAUGCACAAAGUACGUAUGGCUUAUCUUGCCACCAAGUGUGCUGCCAUUAUUGUGCAGGAACGCUACAGGGCCAAAAGGCUCAGAGAUCAGCAAAUGCAGAGGUACAGAUCUAUGAAGGCUGCUGCUAUAGUCAUUCAAGCAGCCUACCGUGGUCACACAGCUCGAGAGUUACUGAAGAAACAGCACAAAGCAGCAACUGUGAUCCAGACAGUGUUCAGGAAGCAUGCUGCCAACAGGCAAUAUCUGGCUUUGAAAACAGCUACAGUUAUCAUACAACACAAAUAUAGAGCCAAGAUUUUGGCUCAGAAGGCAAAAAGAGAAUACAAUGCUCUCAGACAUUCUGCAGUCACUAUACAAGCUAUGUGGAGAGGGAGAGCUGACAGGAAGAGACUAGAGAAACUACACCAAUGUGCCACACUCAUACAGGCCCACUACCGCCGCCACACAGCUCAAACAGAAUACAGGUCAAGAAAAGCAGCGGCUGUGGUGAUACAGCAUCACUUCAGAGCUUAUAAGGGGAAAAUGAUGAGGACAGCAUACCUCCAGGAAAAGGCAGCUGCUGUCACUCUCCAAGCUUCUUUCCGAGGCUUGAGAGUUCGGAAGGAGCUGAAGAGGAAGAACCAGUCAGCGACUGUCAUUCAGUCUGCAAUCAGGAUGUUUUUAUGCAGAAAACAAUAUUUGUGCCUACAAAAUGCAGCACGUAUCAUUCAAAGCCGGUACAGAGCUGUCAUGGAGACCAAGGCACAGCAGUGUCAGUACAGAGACCUACGGCAGGCCACCAUAAAAAUACAAGCUGCCUACCGAGGCUUCAGAGUAAGAGACGACCUAAAGAAGAGGAACAGUGCUGCCACAGUAAUCCAGGCUCUGUUCAGAAUGCACAAAGUACGUAUGGCUUAUCUUGCCACCAAGUGUGCUGCCAUUAUUGUGCAGGAACGCUACAGGGCCAAAAGGCUGAGAGAUCAGCAAAUGCAGAGGUACAGAGCUAUGAAGGCUGCUGCUAUAGUCAUCCAGGCAGCAUAUCGCGGUCACAGGGUCCGGCUGCAGGUUGCACAGAUGCACAGAGCUGCUACAGUCAUUCAGAGAAGAUUUGUCACUAUGCAGUACAGAAAACGCUUCUUGGCCAUGAAAGCAGCAGCUUUGCUCUGCCAGCGCAGAUACAGAGCAGUGGCCCUUGCAAGAAAAGAGCACAAGAAGUACAUAUUAAAGCUACAGCACCAUUCUGCUAUUGUCAUCCAGAGUGCCUUCAGAGGGCAUGCCGUCAGAAAACAGGUGGCGAAGAUGGGAUGUGCUUCAGUCAUAAUCCAGCGCUGGUUCAGGGCCUCUGUGAAAAGAGACAUGGAGAGACAAAAGUUUGUGCAGAUGAAGUCUGCAGCCAUUACAAUCCAGGCAGCGUAUCGUGGUCACACAGCUCGAGAGUUACUGAAGAAACAGCACAAGGCAGCGACUGUGAUCCAGACAGUGUUCAGGAAGCAUGCUGCCAACAGGCACUACCUGGCCUUGAAAACAGCUACAAUUAUCAUACAACACAAAUAUAGAGCCAAGAUUUUGGCUCAGAAGGCAAAAAGAGAAUACAAUGCUCUCAGACAUUCUGCAGUCACUAUACAAGCUAUGUGGAGAGGGAGAGCUGACAGGAAGAGACUAGAGAAACUACACCAAUGUGCCACACUCAUACAGUCCCACUACCGCCGCCACACAGCUCAAACAGAAUACAGGUCAAGAAAAGCGGCGGCUGUGGUGAUACAGCAUCACUUCAGAGCUUAUAAGGCUGGAAAAAUGAUGAGGACAGCAUACCUCCAGGAAAAGGCAGCUGCUGCCACUCUCCAAGCUUGCGUCCGAGGCAUGAGAGUUCGGAAGGAGCUGAAGAGGAAGAACCAGUCAGCGACUGUCAUUCAGUCUGCAAUCAGGAUGUUUUUAUGCAGAAAACAAUAUUUGUGCGUACAAAAUGCAGCACGUAUCAUUCAAAGCCGGUACAGAGCUGUCAUGGAGGCCAAGGCACAGCAGUGUCAGUACAGAGACCUACGGCAGGCCACCAUAAAAAUACAAGCUGCCUACCGAGGCUUCAGAGUAAGAGACGACCUAAAGAAGAGGAACAGUGCUGCCACAGUAAUCCAGGCUCUGUUCAGAAUGCACAAAGUACGUAUGGCUUAUCUCGCCACCAAAUGUGCUGCCAUUAUUGUGCAGGAACGCUACAGGGCCAAAAGGCUGAGAGAUCAGCAAAUGCAGAGGUACAGAGCUAUGAAGGCUGCUGCUGUAGUCAUCCAGGCAGCGUACCGCAGUCACAGGGUCCGGCUGCAGGUUGCACAGAUGCACAGAGCUGCUACAGUCAUUCAGAGAAGAUUUGUCACUAUGCAGUACAGAAAACGCUUCCUGACCAUGAAAGCAGCAGCUUUGCUCUGCCAGCGCAGAUACAGAGCAGUGGCCCUAGCAAGAAAAGAACAUGAGAGCUACACAUCAAAGCGCAGGGCUGCCAUUUCUCUGCAGGCUGCCUAUAGAGGUUUGGUGGUCAGAAAGCAGAUGCGAAUGGAGCGCAUGGCAGCCAUAACCAUUCAGUCCCAUGUCCGAAAGUAUAUGCAGAGGACAUGUUACAAGAGGCUCUGCUGGGCUGCCAGGAUAGUACAAGCACAUUACAGGGCCAACAAAAAAAUGCAAGAAGAAAUGCAAGCUCUGAAUACCAAGAGAGAUGCUGCUAUUGUCUUACAAGCUGCUUUCCGUGGGAUGAAAUCCAGACAAAGCAUCAAACUAAGGCAUCAUGCCGCCACAGUUAUCCAGAAAACAUACAGAGCCCACCGUGAACACAAGCAUUAUCUCACCUUGAAAUCCUCUGUUCUGGCAGUUCAGCGAAGGUAUCGGGCCACUGUAGCAGCCAAACAGCAAAGGCAACAAUACCACCAAAUGCACAGGGCUGCCAUCAUCCUCCAGGCAGCAUACAGAGGCCAGCAGGUCAGAAAGGAGCUUGCUUGUCAGCAUCAGGCUGCCACUGUUAUUCAGACUGUUUUCAGAAAGCACCGAGAGGAAAGUAAAUUCAAGGCCAUGCGCCUGGCUGCAGUUAUCAUCCAGCGAUACUAUCAGGCCCGUGUUCUUCAGAGACAAGACAGAGAUAGGUUCCAGAACAUGAAACGAUCAGUCAUCAUGCUUCAGGCUGCAUUUAGAGGAUGGUGUGUCAGGAGAGACAUUGCUCGACAACAUGAAGCUGCUACUUUGAUCCAGUCAUGGUGGCGGUGCUCAGUCCAGAGACGCGCCUUCCAGAGGCAAAGAGAGGUGGUUGUGAUGCUGCAGCGGAGGGUCCGGGCAGUGCAGACUGGCAAGGUGGAGAGGGACAACUACACCCGAAUGAGACAAGCUGCCAUUACACUUCAGGCACAAUGCCGAGGCUGGAUCACCAGACGACAGGUACAAGAGGCAGCCAAGGCUGAGAAGAGGCUGCGUUUUAGUGCAGCGGUCUUCCACCAUCUCAGUGCCAUGAGGAUCCAGCGAGCUCUCAGAGCCCACUGGACUCUGCAGUCUGCCAAGAGACAGAUUGACUCUGUCCUCACCAUACAGCGAUGGGUGAGAGCGAGGCAGCAGAGAAGACGCUACCUUGAGGACAGAAGGAGGGUGGUGACAGCCCAGAGAGCGGUCAGGCGCUGGUUAGCCCAUCGCCACAAGGCUGCCUCUGUCAUCCAGCACGCCACAAGGAAGUUCCUGCUGCUCAGGCGCCAGAAGAGGGUCCAACUGGGCAUUGUCAAGGUUCAGGCUCUGUGGAGAGGGCACCGCUCCCGCCGACUGAAUGACAAUCCCAAGGUGGUGAAAGUGAGGCAGCGCUUGCGUCAAGUGUCCGCUGGCGCCCGAGAGGAGGACAAACUGUGCAACAAGACCUCAUCUGCGCUGGACUACCUGCUUCGAUACAAGCACUUCUCCUGCAUUCUGGAGGCCCUGAAAAACCUGGAGACCGCCACCAGGCUUUCUCCAGAGUGCUGUGAGAGGCUGGUGGAGAGCGGAGCUACCCUGGUCAUCUUCACCCUGAUCCGCUCCUGUAACAGGAGCGUCCCCUGCAUGGAUGUCAUCACCUACUCCAUUCAGAUCCUCCUCAACCUCUCCAAGUACCACAAGACCAUCGAGUCGGUGUUUACGGUGGAGAACUCUGUGGAGACGCUGCUGGACCUGCUGCAGAGGUACCGGGAGAAGGCGGGCGAUAAGGUCGCAGAAAAGGGCGGCAGCAUCUUCACCAAGGCCUGCUUCCUCCUGGCUCUCCUACUACAGGACCAGCAUCGCGCUCUGGAGGUUAGGAAGCUCCCCAAAGCCUUGGAUAAGAUCAGCAGUAUUUACCGCCUCACUGUCCGCAAACACAAGAUGGAUGCCGAACGAACUGUCAUCAAGCAGAAGAUGAACGCAUCCAUCAACGGGAGCUUCCUCGUCCAAUCGACGCCUCGUAAAUCCCGACCUGUACCAAAAUUUGCACCAGACUGGGUUCUGAGAAAGGACAAGCUCAAAGACAUCGUCGAUCCGCUGCGAGCCAUCCAAAUGGUGGCUGACACAUUGGCAAUUGUGCUAUAAAAAAGCAAGCUUUUUUUGUAUCUAAUCAUCUCAUUUUUGUUUUUAUGUAUUUUCUUUUUUAAAAAAAUAUUGAUUUUGUUAUGCGGUAUUUUUAGCCGGUGCAACCCUCUGUUUUAUUUGUACAUAUUAAAAGGAAUUUGUUUCUUAAAUGUGGGUCAGGUUUAUGUAUAUUAAUGUUGUGCUGAUCAAUAUUUUGUACAUGUGACUUGACUGAAGGCUUUGGGAAUGGGUAUAUCAUUUCUUGCACACAUGCUGAAGCUCUGAAAAAGGCCAACAUUAUCAUUUCACAGGAUAUAAUGUAACUAUUAUUACAUUAUGGUUAUAUAAUGUAACUAUUAUUACUGUUUUCUACAAGCUUAUUUUUCAUUAGAUCUUUUUAUGAUACAAUUGGCUUCCAUAAACAGAAAGCCAGACAGGAGAUAGAUAAACAGGGAGUACAUAAGUGCCCAUAGUAUACAAGAGACAAAACGCAUGAUGUUACAGGACAAACACUGGCAAAAAUAAGUUUCACACU